CAAACUUACAUCACAAAGCGAAGACCGUCGGUCCCCAACAUCACUACGGACGUUCGAUCAUGACUCUCUAGAACGAGAGGCAAUCGGCCUCCUAUUCAAUGCAGCGAAGGUACUGGCCGAACAAUCCGUUCAUUUUGUGGAUGGCUGGGUGCAUCUGAAUAUGGAAAACAUGUUGGUCGGAAACACGGAGACAGAAGAAGAGAUACAUCCUAUUGAAGAAACAUUAUUGACGAAUGGCUUUCUUCUUCGUUGA